GCCAAAAAUCAGAUACGGUGGAUCAGACCCAGUGGAUCGAACAUUGUCAUCACACACCGGAGUAUCUGUCGUUUCGUUGGUUUCUCCUGUGUAGCGAUUAAUUUAGCCAUGUCUUCCCGUCAUCUUCGUUACUGCAGCUCAUCGUGUUCCGUAUCCCACAAAAUACCAAGCACACGUUCAGAAUUUUCACCCUUAGUUGAGCACAUGUUCUUCACCGGAUGUGCCUUGACCUCUCCAAGAAACUGCAUGACCUCGUCGCUGUUCGAACAGAACUAACGAAGUUCGAAACCACCGUGUUGAUGUAUCGCCCUCACCUCGGACGUAACUUCUUUGGCCUCAGCCACACUCCGGAAACUGGUCACAUAGUCAUCGACAUAAUGACCACUGAUUGCUUCUUCGACGGCUACAGGAUACUUAUCGGCGAACAAUCGGGCGUUGACAUUCUUAACGUAUUGGGCCGUCGCUGGUGAACUGGUCGACCCGAACGUUGCCACGUCGAUGACGAAAACUCUGGCUGCUGGUUCGGAUCCGACCGCCACAGGAACCGUUCAGCGCUUCGGUCAUCUUCACGGGUCAUUAUCUGGUGGUACAUCUCCCGGAUGUCUCCGGAUACUGGCAGAACCGAAAUAAUACAGCAGGCAACUGGUCGGGCCCUUUCAACAGCAUCGCGUUUAAGGACACCCCGUCGACUUUGGCUGCAGCGUCCCAGAUGAACCGCACCUUACCAGGUUUCUUGGGAUUGGUGACCGCGCCGAGGGGAAGAUACCAUGUGCGUCAGGAGUCAGCCUGUUGCAGCUCAUCCGGAGUCGCUCGAUGGCAGUAGCCUUUCUGCUGGUAUUCCUCGAUCUGACGCACUAUGUUGUCCCGCAUCGUCGGUUCUUUUCCCAUUCUUCUUCCGAGACAUUGGAGUCUUCUCAGACACAUUGGAUAGCUGCCUGGAAACUCUACGAAGUCGUACUUCUAAAGAAGGCCGGACUUAUAACGAUCGCCCACUCUUUUCGUAGUCUUCCCCAUGAUUUUCGUUGCUCGAGUGUCUUCGUCAUUCAGCACUGGCGUAAACACUUUCGAUCCAACUUCUUCGAGCGUCAGAUACCUAAGUCAUGAAGAACAACCAUUAAUCAAACAAUUUUUAUUUAUCAGCUUCAAAACUUCAACGAAAUUUGAGCAACUCAAUACGUCUGAUCUGCAAAAUUCGCCAGAGCAAAACAAAACCUAAUUAAAUCAUUGUUUUAUGCAAAACAAGUGCUUUUCAGCAUCAAAAAAGUUUUAUUGAAAUUCACUAAUUAUGAAAGUAAGAUUUUGAACCUUCGCACUGGUCGGUAGAUUGAUGAGAGAAAUUUGACGUUUGAAAGAUUUUUUUCUUUUUUUAUUCAGUCUUCCUCCCCCAGGUCGAAACUACGUGAAAAUCAAUUGGAUAAAAAUUAUGUAGUUUUUCACGUAGCCACGACGUGCGGAUUAUUUUGGGUGUAAGUGCCUCACGUAAACCGCAGGCAAAAAUUCACGCAACCAGUGGCUACGUGAAAAUCCAGGUAAAUGUAACGUUCCUUUUUCGGCUGAGUGUAAUUCCGAAAAACUAAAAACAACAAACAAACCAAGAGGAUGGCUGCUGGUUCCGGAAAAGUUUCCAAAUGCAUUUCUCCCGAGGAGCAAUACGUUGAAGAUCAGGCUCAUGAGAUAUUUAUGAAACUUCCAUCGGUAUGCCGAACUUGUCUGCAGGAAGACGAUAAUCCGGACACUGAACUGUACCAGAUUACUGACAUAUUUAUGGAAGAUGAUGAAAUCACAUCCCAGAUCCAGUCGUUUAAAGACGUUCUUUGCUUGUUCGUUGACGACAAGGUGGGAAAGGAGCAAGAAAAACUACCUUGUAGCAUUUGUUUGAACUGUAUUGAAAAGGCUCGCACUGCGUUUCAUUUUAUUGAGAUGUGUCGAAAAACAGAUUCAGUUCUAGAAAAAUGUUUUUCAGAAUAUUUUUCGGAAGAGUUUAAAAAUGGUUCAAUAUGUGUGUCCGUAGAAGAAGAAAAAAUUGAGUAUUCGCAAAGUGAGAUAUUGGAACCCCUAGAGUCUGAAUCUUUGGAUCUGGAAGAAGAAGACCGUCGAACCGAGUAUCUUCAAUCGCCGAAAUUGGAUGUUGAGCCAGUUUCUACGGAGACACGGCGUUUUGUCAAAAGAACGAAACAUGGAGAUCGACACAAAUGUGAGAUUUGCGGCAAAUCAUUCGGUCAAAUGCAAACUUUAACACGCCACAAAAAAAUUCAUUCCAAGGACAACAAUCCUGGGACGCCUUGUCAUUUUUGUAAUCGAUUCUUUCUGAGAAAAGAUGACCUAAGGCGUCAUAUUCGAACUCACACCAACGAGCGACCUUACGCUUGUCAUCAAUGUCCCAAAGCCUACAAACAAUCGUUCGAGUUGAAACAACACGUCAUUGCGUCCCAUGUAGGCGGUCCACUGCUACCGUGCACCAUAUGUGACAAAAAGUUAAGCACCCGGAAUGGCCUCUAUAUUCAUAUGAAAAUGCAUCGGGGAGAGAAAAAUCAUGCAUGCGAAUUCUGUGAGAAACGUUUCAUCACAAGUGGCGAACUAAAAUCACACAAGCUGCACAUACACACCGAUCAGAUGGACGCGGAAAAGUUUAGUUGCGGGUUUGAAAACUGCUCAAAAGUUUUUGUCACUAAAUCAGCUAGACGUACUCAUCUUAAGUUAAAACAUGAUGUGGUUGAAUAGAAUAAUUCUGAAACCAAUAUGUUUAGUCUAGCAAGUAGCAAUAAUAAUGAAAAAUUUAUAUCAAAAGUAGUACAACUUCACACAAACAGCUACUUUAAAUUUUUUAGUUGUUUUAUGUCUUUCGUGUUUAUAGGUAUGUAUGUAUGUAUGGUUCCCCCAUCGCGAUCGGUAACAAGGUCCAGCCUAUGGCUGUGUGUCUUGGCUUCCGAAUUUGUUCUUAGCGAACGAUAGGUCGUCGAGGAAAGGCUAAGAGAUCUACAAUGGUUGGCAAUCCACUCUACUUGCAAUAGUCUCUUCAGAUUAAUCCUACAUGCAUUUCUUCUGAAAUAUUUAUUACAUGAGGUACACCGGGGUAAGUAGGGACGAUGGCUAUUAAAACAAUACUGCGUACUUAAUGCAGAAUGUUAAAUUUACUUGUAUUGUAAUCUAUCCAAUAACUGUAAAAGAUAUACGAUUCCGACAAUAAAGAAUGUUUAUUGCGA